AUGUACGAAGGGAUUGAAAACCUGAAAUCCCUUUACGACCGUGCCGGGAAGUCUUUCUCCGGUAGUCCUUCUGCGGCACAGGAUGUGCCGCGUCGUACUGCUCAACCAGACCCAGUACGUCAAUCAUCAGUUGGUAGCGGGGCUCCCAAGUAUCCCAGGACGAGGGAUAGCCGCGCCACCGGACGAGAUAACUCGUCCGACGUUUGUUCGCGUCGCGGUGGUUCAACAGCUGCUCAACUAGAUAGCGCUGGCCACCGCGAGAGUCCUCUAGUGGAGGUGGAGGUGGAGGAGGAGGAACGACGCUCUCCACAUGAUCGUGUGGAUCCGUGUGUUCCCGAGAGCUUCUUUGAUCGCGUAACGCAAGGGUUACGCAACGAUCUCGAACAUGAGCGGGACAGGCCUCUCCAAAUGGCGGACACUGUCUUGAAGCAUCGAGCUGAGUUUGCCUUUGCUCAGCUUGAGAACGAGAGAUCUCUGACAUCUCUUCGUGACGAGCUAAGGGUAGCUCGUGGGAUUGUUGAUCGGUCUCGGGAUGAGAUAACUGCUCUUCAGACCCUUGUCGAUGCCCACCAUCGGGAGCACAAGGCUCUAUGCGAGAUGCUUGAGCGCAAGGGCGUUCUUCAUCGGAAGAAGCAGCGUACUGAUGGUACGGCUUAA